GGAGGGCGCGUCACCAUAGCGACCGAGGCCUCUGCCGCAGCUCGCGGCUGCCGCUCCACCUGAGCCUCUCUGGGUUCAUUUCCUCCUUCUGCCCCGGGGAGACUUCAUCACCAGGCCAAAUGAUCGGGCCCUUGUGACGUUGAGCCGAGCUAGCAGGAGUCAGGGCUGGCUGGGCAUGGGGAGCGACUGCCCACGAGCCGCUGGUGGGAUGGGUCUGUGGACUUCCAAGCUGCCCCAGAGGGCCAGGGCCCUGAGACCCCAGGAGAAGGGUAACGUCGCGGGGGUGGCUGGCUCACCUGGGGAAGGAAGGAGGCUGUGAGGGGCAUGAGGGAGGUGCAGGUGCCGCACACCCCAAGUCCAGUGUGCACACGCCCCCCCCCCCCAACCCGUCACAGGAACACAACUGCACAUGCUCAAGGAUCAGCCGUGCUUCAAUCCACUCGGGCACCCGCUGUGCGGGGUUCUGGGCACAACGCGGUGAAUGUGUCCGACGAGCUCCCCGGCCUCCUGGAGAUGACAGUGUAGUGAAGGAGACCGUCUCAGGAAACGGCAUCUACGGGCAGGAGAGAACAGGGCUGUCACAGGGAAAGAGGAACCGGCUCCGAGGGCUGGAGGAAGAGGGGAGGUUUAAGCUGGGCCCUGUGGGGUUGCCUAGGGAUUCACUAAACAGAGGGGGAGGGAAGCAAGAACCCAACAUUGCAUUAUAAAGGGCUGCACUCCAUGGUCAUGCCAGGUAGCUGCAGACGUUCAUUUACUCAUCACCCACACCUGCACGUCAGGAACUGUGCCCCGUAGUAGAGGUAUGAGGGCCAGCAAGACAGAAAUCCUCCUUGCCCUCCUGGGGUACAGAGGCUGGCAGGGAAGACAGACGAGAACAAGUGAACAGGCAGAAUCAUUGCUGUUCAUGGCUGCUGCUGUGGAAGACGUGGGGCUCUGGGAUGGAAUAAUGGGGCGGGAGGCUCUUAGAGAAAGCGUGAUGGCUGGGCUGUGACCUGAAGGCGGUGGAGCAGGGAAUUACCAGGCAGGGGGAGCAGCAAGAGGGGGUUGAGUUUGACAAGUUCAAGGGACAGAAGGAGCCACUGGGGCUGGACCAGAGUGGAGAAAGAGGAGGGUGGUGUGGGAUGGUCUGGAGGAUGGGCGAGCCCCCACCCCUCUCUGAGCCUGUUUCCUUAACUGGAAAGUGGGCUGGUAGAGUCAUUGAGAUUCUUCAAGGAGAUUCUGUGUGCAGAGGGCCACAGGGUCUGCUCGGGUUCAUAUCUGCUUCACAAUGGCAGCACUAAACGGCAUGCCAUGUCUAGAUAUACCAUUGGGCAUAGCUAUGGACCCUCAGAUGCCAUCCUGGGGCAAAAGCGGGUAUGUCAGGAGACCCAAGUCCAGUGUCACUCACCCAGGGACACACACUAGGUGGUGGACCCAGUCACAACGGUGCAUGCCGGCCCCUGCAGGCACCAAACCCUCUCCCACCUCUUCCCCGGGCCCCUCCCCAGACAUCCUCAAGUCCCCCCUGAUCAUCUUCGUGAUGGGCGGCCCAGGUUGUGGCAAAGGGACACAGUGCAAGAACAUGGCAACCAAAUAUGGCUUCUGCCACAUGGGGCUGGGCCAGCUGCUGCGGCAGGAGGCCCAACGCAGUACCCGGUGGGGCCAGAAGAUCCAUGACAUCAUGCUGCAGGGGCUACUGGUGCCCACGGGCAUCAUCCUAGACACGAUCAGCAAUGCCAUGUUAUCUCGCCCAGAGAGCCAGGGCUUCCUCAUCAAUGGCUUCCCGCGGGAGCUGAGGCAGGCCAAGGAGUUCGAGCGCAUUGUUUUCAAGACUUUUUUCCUGAAGUAGUAGCCAACCUUCGAGACUCGGGAGAUGCUGCCUCAGAACUCCCUCUUCCCUUGAAAAUCGCCCCGCUUGGCAGGCAUGGGCCCUGCGCAUCCCCAUGGCAACAGCAGCGGGAACGCAUCCUGAGCUUUGUCCUGGGCCCCGCACUAUUCUUGACACUACGCCGAGGAGCUCUGAUCUUUUGGAACAUUCCAGAAAAACGUCUCUUGCACCAUUAGCCUCCUGGCUUUUUUACAGAGGGAUCGGGCGACUUGUGCAGGGUCGUGCAAUUCAGGUGGUGGGCGCAGGCCUUCCUCGGGCCCCAGCGGCUGGUUCUGAGGCCUAGGUUUUUCAUCACGUCAGCGCGGGACCCCUCUGUGCCUCGCGUUGGGCUCCCCGUCCCUCCGGUGGAGGGUUGUCUCUCUGUUAUGGAGGCCGAGCGCCACCUGCCACGUAGGAUUGUGCUCGUGCUGUGCUUUUAUGCUGAGAGGAACAGAACUUGUACUUUCCUCUUGUGCCCGUGUGGCUGCCAGAUGUGA